GAGCUUGCCCAAGACAUCUGUGUCACACCUCACCUGGUCUCAACAACACCCUCAUCCCUUCUCUCUCUCCUCAGCCCCUGCUUCCUCCUCAUCUUCGAGCCCGGAGCUCUGAACACCUCCUCCGCCUCCUCCUCCUUCAUCUUCUUCUUGUUCGAUUUACAGAGAGAUCCAGCCAGGUGAUGGGGAGAGAGAUUGUGAGCGCCGAGCAGGACUUACAGCAGGGGCACAACGACAGCACCGACAACAGCUACCCCGAGCCCCCUCUUUUGGCCCUCAACCACGUCUCCUUCGUCUGCAAGUCCGUCCCCCACUCUGUCCGCUUCUACGAGGAAGUCCUCGGCUUCGUCCUCAUCAAGCGCCCAGAGUCCUUCAACUUCGAGGGUGCCUGGUUGUUCAAUUAUGGAAUUGGGAUCCAUUUGCUUGAGAUGGAAAAUGUCCCGGUGAAGAAAGGGAAGAUUAACCCGAAGGACAACCACAUCUCAUUCCAGUGCUACGACAUGAAACGGUUGAUAAGGAAGCUUGAGGACAUGAACAUUGAGUACGUGACUGCUGUCGUGGAAGACAGCGGAAUCAAGGUUGACCAGCUCUUCUUUCAUGACCCGGACGGUUACAUGAUCGAGAUCUGUAACUGCGAGAACUUGCCCGUUCUCCCGAUCUCUUCGUGCCCUCUCAAGCUCUCCAGCACUGAGAGGAGCCCGGUUCCUUCCCCUUUAUAUGCAAAGAGGACCUCCGACAUACGAUGCGCCAUCGAAGUAGCAACAGUGAUGAUGGAGAACUUGAUGUUGAACAUGAUGGAUAUUUCCAUCUGAAGAGGUCUCCGGAUAGAUUGUGAAGCCGGUUCGAAGCAAUUUUGGCCGAGCAUUUUGGAGGAUGCAUCAGCCGUAUGUGUAUAGGACAUAUACCUGCUCUACCAUCCAAAUUUCGUGCUCCUGUCAACUCUUAGAAGUCUCGAAUUAAAUUGAAGUGUAAUGUUGUAAAGAAAAAAAAAAGGGCUCCAUUGAGAGUAUAAGUUUAAGUGCAGAUUCAGUUCUUGCACAUAUAUAUUUUCUGUUUGAUUGUUUGUGUUACUUAAAAUUGGUUGAUUCUGUAUCCAUUUAUAUAUAAGUCCACUUUUGUUCCGGUGUCA